UUGGUAACUUGUGGGUUAUCUGUUAAGAUGAGCUCUUGCUUGUCUUACACCAGCUGCAGGCUAUUCCAAUCAGGGGUGCUACCUUCAUGGGGACUACACAGUCAAGGCAUUGCCUUUUAAUUGUAAUGAAUGAUAUGGGUCUCUGCAUCUGGGAAUGUAGUUUUACCUAAGACCGUAGCCUAAGACACAAAUACCUUGGAGUGUUUCAAUUCAAUGUGCUUGUGCACAGGUUUCUUUGCACCACCUUCAGUUGAAGCCCAGGCAAAACUGAAGUUUCUGUUAAAGUUCCACUCAAACACGCCAAACAAGUCGAUCACAGAGGCUGUUUCAGACCGGCAACCAUCAUACAUGUCAUCAAUGGAAUCUGUCGCCAUAUUCAGAGUGCUGUUAACAGCAGUAGGACAUUCCUUUGAAAGAGUGUGGAUGCAUUGUUGUUUGCCAGCAAAGAAGUUCCGGCUCACAGGAUUUACAGAAGGAGGUCCCACACGUUGUAACACUAGGAAAUCCUGUUUGGCAGCUUGCUCAGGUUAAAACCAACAAAGGUGCAGAAUGUUGUCUGGUUGCAAAACACUAAAAGCGCAGACUAAAACAGAGCUAUCACUCUGAAAAAGGUUGACAGUCCACAUAAAAGAACACUUCACCAUAGUGCUGCUCAGGAUGUGAUGCACUAUGCCUACCUGGGACAGGCAAACAUGUCAGAGAAAAACUGUAUCUGCGUUUGCUGUUACUUCUCUUGUUGUUUUGGUGGGACUGCUGAUGUUUGUUGUUAUAUAUCUGACACUAAGCUGGCAGGAUGUCAUUGAAGAGCAUUUAAUGCAGGAUCUGACAUAUGACCUGAGUGACGACAUGUAUGACGAAUGCAGAUCCAAAGCUACAGUUGUGACUGAUAAAGCCUUGAUGCAGAAAUGGGACACCAGUACAAACUUUAGUCAACCUUGGAGCAACGCAGAGAAAAAAGCUAGAGAUCCUGCACACAAGUACAUGGAGAAACACCAUUCGGUGGCCUUAUACCUGUACACAAAUAUUAUGCUGCAACCUGUCAAACAAGACAUUGAGACUGCAGAAAGAAGUAGAAAACAACUAAAAAAGACAUUUGAGCCCCUUCAUUUUUUCCUUAGCGAAGCCAUUCAGAUUCUGAAGCACAGUCAAGUGACAUGUCUUCAGACAAAUUACAGAACAGAGACACUUUUACAUCUCAACAUCUCUAACAAACUGAUUCGGUUCAACACCUUCACAUUAGGUUCUGACGGGUCGAACUUUACAAGAAACGCUUCAUGUUUUGAAGUAUACACAUGUUUCGGUGCUGACAUAACACUUUAUUCAGCCCUGAAACUAAACAGACAGGUGCUGAUUCCUCCCUAUGAGGUUUUCAAAGUCACAGACACAGAGACAAAUUCACAGAGGUGUAAAGUCGUCCACAGGCUGAAAAGCAACAUGAACUGCGUUUAUGAUAGAGAAAGCAAUGCGUUGCAUCCAAUAUCUGCAUUGCCAGUGGAUGGAUUUUGGCUAAUUUUUGCCAUCACUUGUAUGAUUAUUGUUUGUCUUUUGUUACCCUUUGUCAUUGUGAAGGUGUUAGAAAACCAUAAAAAAACUGCUGUUUACAGUGCCUCAUCUUUGCGUGACAGCACUUACUACCCGCCAAGAGCUGUCUUUUAAAAGCAAGCUUUCAUUUUAAAUAAAGAUGGUCCUGUGAGCUUCACACUUGGCAGCAAUCCAAUGCGGCCUGAAGGAAGCUGUUUUAAAACUUCAUGCAUUGAA